AUGGACGGCGGCGUGAUUGCCAUCCUGGCAAACGUGGGCCUCGUAGUCGUGCUAGCCAUUGCGUUUUUCAUGGUGCGGCGCAAGGUCACCCACGUGCAUACACAGAGACUGCGUGAACUCGCGGCGCCGCUGCUCGGCACGGUCACUGCAAGUGCUGAUCAUCGACUGGAUACUGUCAUACGAGAAGCGGAGAAGGGCUUUGACGUGUGUCUUGUCUGCGAGUUUGAGAACUUCAAGGACGCGCGCUUCUGUUCGCUAUGUGGAGAGAGCCUGGACACGGGCGAAAAGCUUGCGAACCGAGGCAGUAGAUACACGAGGAGGCUCAGGAGAAGAGAGAAGAGGAAGCGCGCGGGCAAUGCUGCACCUUGCCGCUUGACAGAGCGUCAGGUGCGUGCGAGGAAGAGGAAAGAGUGGACUCGAAAACUUGAUGUGGAGGGCAAUAUGUUUUGGUUUCGUGCUAAAGAAGGCAGUGGACCUGUACCACCUGCUCGGGUGGGCAAAGUGAUACGGUUUGUCAAGCCUAAUGAGAAUGUAAAGAUGCCUGGACAAGUGCUUGGUCCAGUUGCAACGUGCAGUGAUAUAGCAGUCGUCGAGCCUGCUAAAUUGAAGGUGUUUCAUGAAAUCGCGGACAUGGAUAUCAUUCCAGCUACGAAGUGGAAUGCUGCGGCAAGAGCGACUGGCGAAGUGCUGGAGGACAACACGCAAAUGGGAGUUGAGCGCCGGCGCGAAACGCUGGAGUUUGUCGCUAUGGACUUUCCUUCGAAGUACGCAUAUUUUGUCAAGAGCACGGUGUCGCUGCUUGUUCCACCCGAGGUGGAAUUUCUCAAGCUGUCGAUUCAUAGAGACUACGUGUUUGAGGAAUCCAUGGAACACCUUGGAUGCAUUGAUGAAAGAUACGUUCGGUCGGCCAUGCGUAUCAAUUUUCUCGAAGAAAGCGGCGUGGACGCCGGUGGGCUCCAUCGCGAAUGGUUUUUGAUGCUAACGGAGUUAAUGAUGGACCCAACAGCAGGGCUGUUCAAGGCCACGAACGGGGAGGACCGUGCCUUUUUCUUGAACCCCAAUUCUCGCUAUGAAAACGGAGAGGAACAUCGAUUCUACUAUUAUGGAGCGGGGAGGUUAUUAGGGAGGGCGCUGCUAGAAGGCACGGUGCUCAACUUCCACUUGUGCGUUCCGCUGCUUAAGCUUAUUCUAGGCACGCCACUGUGCAUGGACGACAUAAAGUACUUUGACCCGGAAGUGUACACGAACAUGAUGUGGAUACUAGAGAACGACGGCGUUGAGACAUUGGAUCUGGACUUCAGCGUGAUUGAAUACGUAUGUGAUCGGAUGAUAACGGUCGAUCUCAUCCCGAAUGGACGCGACAUCACAGUCACCGAUGCCAACAAGCACGAGUAUUUGGAGCGCAAGUUUGAGUAUCUGCUGCUUAGAAGUGUGGCCGACCAGCUCUACGUGUUCCUAAAGGGCAUCUACGAGGUCAUCCCGCAGCAUUUGUUGAUGCUCUUUGACUAUGAAGAGCUCGACAAUUUGAUGUGCGGGUCUCCGGAGAUCGACGUAGAUGACUGGGAGAAGAACUCGUCGGUCACCGAGAGCGUGGCGCGGUCCCCGACGCUCGGGUGGUUUUGGGAGAUCGUUCGUGAGAUGCCUAACGAGUACCGGCGGCGUCUGCUGCAGUUCACUACGGGCUGCUCGCGCGUGCCCCUCGUGGGUUUCAAGGGUCUUACAAGCUACGAUGGCAACGUGUGUUUGUUCACGAUCCGAGGCAUUGUUGGCGCGCCGGACGAGUUUGUACGCAGCUUUGCGUGCUUCAAUCGGCUGGAUCUGCCGUUGGGCAUCUCCCGAUCUGAGCUGGAGCGCAUGCUCUAUGCCGUUCUGGACACGGAGCAGUACGGGUUCAAUACAGACUGA